AUGGCCAUAUAUGAACAGUCUCACUCUCAAGUGUGGCCUGACUCCAACGGCUACUUUGGCCAAUUUGGAGGCAACUAUUAUCCGCCUGAAGCUCACCAAGCGCUUAAAGAGCUAGCGGACAAAUAUGAACAACUUGGACAACGCCCAGACUUUCUCCGACAGCUCGAAAAAGUCCGCACCGGUCUUCAAGGCCGUCCAACACCUAUACACUACCUGGAAAACAUUUCACAACAAGUCGGAGGUGCUCAGAUCUAUGUCAAGCGAGAAGAUCUCAACCAUACAGGCGCCCACAAGAUCAAUCACUGCGUUGGUUUCGCACUCCUUGCGAAAGCCAUGGACAAGACAAAGUUGAUUGCCGAGACUGGAGCGGGACAACAUGGUGUCGCUCUUGCAACCGCCGCUGCCUACUUUGGUCUCGAAUGCGAGAUCCACAUGGGCGCUGUCGAUAUAGAGAAACAGAAGUCCAACGUUGGUCGCAUGCAGAUACUCGGCGCAAGGGUUGUGUCUGCAACAGCAGGACAGUCUGCUCUCAAAGAUGCCAGCGAUUCCGCUUUCAACGCGUAUAUAGAGCAAAGGGAGCACGCACUGUAUGCGAUUGGGUCAGCUAUCGGUCCACAUCCAUUUCCUUUGAUUGUGCGAGACUUUCAAUCUGUUAUCGGUCAAGAAGCGAGAGAGCAGUUCCUUACCAUGACCGACGGAAAACUACCCGAGCAUGUUGUUGCUUGCGUCGCGGGAGGGUCCAAUGCAAUGGGCAUGUACUCGGCUUUCAUCGAAGACAAGGACGUCAAGUUGCACGCUGUCGAACCACUCGGGAGAUCUAGUCAACUUGGCGAGCAUGCAGCCACGUUAUCAUAUGGCAAACCAGGAACUUUGCAUGGCGCAAAGACUCUUGUCAUACAAAAGGAAGAGGGUCUUCCUGCUUCGGUAUCAUCUGUAGCUUCUGGGUUGGUUUAUCCUGGCAUAGGACCGGAGAUGGCAAUGCUCCAUGAAGCUGGACGAAUAUCCGUUGGGGUAAUACAUGAUGAAGAGGUCAUUAGUACCUUUUUCAAAAUGGCCAAGAGCGAGGGGAUCAUUAUUGCUCUAGAGAGUGCACAUGCUGUGGCGUAUGCUAUACGCUUAGCGGGAGAGCGGCCCAAGUCUGAACGGAUCCUCGUUAAUCUGUCUGGUCGUGGAGAUAAAGAUGUCGAUUAUGUACUUCAGCAUCACGGGACGGGAUAG